AAAACUGUUCCCAAGAAAUAUUAAACAUGUUGACCUUAUGAAAAUGGAGCCGUUUACAUUUCUCGAAGAAUAUAGAAACCCAUGUUACGCUGUUGAGAAUGACCGGCUCUUGCCUUUACGGUGUAUACCAUACUUUUAUCUUAUUGGUGCCCCAAAGUCCGGCACUACGGACUUGUUUAGCAGGCUGAUCAAACACAGGGAAAUCUCAGAGAAUGUUAUAAAAGAACCACAAUGGCUAGCGAAAAGGAGAUUCUCUUCAAAUCCUAAUUGGGCUUCUUAUGAGAAAUACUUCAUAGCUGCAACAAGCGAUAUUUACGCCAAGAAAGACCCCGACGGUUUUCAUCCAGUUAUUGUUGGCGACGGCAGUCCCUCAACUAUGUGGGUCAACGAUUAUUGGACCUUUCUGCCAGAAUACAAGAACCUUACUGAACCUUUAUAUACAAAUGCCGAUUAUAUUCACCAUUUUAAUCCAGAUGCAAAAAUUAUUGCGAUUGUGAGGAAUCCUAUUGACAGAUUGUAUUCCGAUUAUUUAUAUUUCACAUCAGGCAAGGACAAAGGACCAGAUAGAUUUCAUGAAGGAGUGAAGUUUGUCUUAAACACGACCAGAUCUUGUCUUGAACGGAAUACUUUACGGCAUUGCCUAUACAAGCCUGAUGUUACCGUUACUAAAUCUAAGGUCCGGUUGCGUAUCGGUGUCUACCAUCUGCAUUUAAAAGAGUAUUUCCGUGUUUUUCCAAAACAACAGAUCCUUGUUAUAAAAAUGGAAGACUACUCCAAGCAUACAUCGGAGCAUUUAAGUAAAAUAUUCGACUUUUUAAACGUUGCUCGUCUUCCUAUUGAAGAUCUGCAGGAAAUCUCAAAUGCAGCCAAAAAGAACACUCGGAAAAAAUGUGAUAUCAAGAUUAGAGACAUGUUUCCCGAAACGAGAAAACUAUUGCGGGAAUUUCACAAAAGCCACAAUAACAAACUCGGGCGGCUGCUGGGCCAGCACUUUAAUUACAAUAAUGAUGAACAAGAUUUGCUCACUUAGAAUGGUUAAAGACACGCGCUUAUUGUGUAUCAACGUGUUUUACAUUGUUAUUUAUUUUAAAGGAUUGGUUUAUUU